AUGCCUUUCGGCCUGAAGCUCCGCCGCACGCGGCGCUACAAUGUCCUGAGCAAGAACUGCUUUGUCACGCGGAUCCGCCUGCUGGACAGCAAUGUGAUCGAGUGCACGCUGUCGGUGGAGAGCACCGGGCAGGAGUGCCUGGAGGCCGUGGCCCAGAGGCUGGAGUUGCGGGAGACGCACUACUUUGGCCUUUGGUUUCUCAGCAAGAGCCAGCAAGCACGAUGGGUGGAGCUGGAGAAACCUCUGAAGAAACAUCUGGACAAAUUUGCUAAUGAGCCUCUGCUUUUCUUCGGAGUCAUGUUCUAUGUGCCAAAUGUGUCAUGGCUUCAGCAAGAGGCCACAAGAUAUCAGUAUUACCUGCAAGUCAAAAAAGACGUGCUUGAAGGACGGUUGCGGUGUACGUUGGAACAGGUGAUCCGGCUGGCUGGCUUGGCUGUGCAAGCUGAUUUUGGAGACUUCCAUCAGUUUGAUUCUCAAGAUUUCCUCAGAGAAUAUGUGCUGUUUCCUAUGGAUUUGGCCCUGGAAGAGGCCAUUCUGGAGGAGCUGACACAGAAGGUGGCCCAGGAACACAAAGCGCACAGUGGAAUCCUGCCAGCAGAAGCUGAGCUCAUGUACAUCAACGAAGUGGAACGUUUGGAUGGAUUUGGACAGGAGAUCUUCUCUGUGAAGGACAAUCAUGGAAACAGUGUGCACCUGGGCAUUUUCUUUAUGGGGAUAUUCGUGAGAAACAGAAUUGGAAGACAAGCAGUAAUAUACAGGUGGAAUGAUAUCGGGAAUAUCGCUCACAACAAGUCUACUAUUCUGGUGGAGCUCAUCAACAAAGAAGAGACUGCCCUCUUUCACACGGACGAUAUUGAAAAUGCCAAGUACAUUUCUCGGUUGUUUGCUACACGGCACAAGUUUUACAAACAAAACAAAAUCUGCACUGAACAAUCAAAUUCUCCACCCCCCAUCAGACGCCAACCCACCUGGAGCCGAUCCUCUCUGCCCCGACAGCAGCCGUACAUCUUGCCUCCCAUGCACGUCCAGUGUGGGGAACACUACUCGGAAACGCAUACUUCACAAGACAGCAUUGUCCCCGGGAAUGAAGAAGCCUUAUACCGCAACUCUCACAACAGCCUGGACUUAAACUAUCUAAACGGCGCCAUCACCAAUGGCAGUGUGUGUAGUGCUCACAGCGUCAACUCCCUCAGCUGCUCCCAGACGUUCAUCCAGGCCUCUCCCGUGUCCUCCAACCUCAGUAUCCCGGGCAGUGACAUCAUGCGGGCGGACUACAUCCCUAGCCACCGGCACAGCGCCAUCAUCGUGCCAUCCUACCGGCCGACGCCUGACUAUGAGACAGUCAUGCGGCAGCUGAAGAGGGGGGUCAUGCACGCGGACAGCCAGAGCCAGUCUCUGCGAAACCUCAACAUCAUCAACACGCAUGCCUACAACCAGCCAGAGGAUCUGGUGUACAGCCAGCCUGAGAUGCGGGAGAGGCACCCCUACACCGUCCCCUAUGGGCCGCAGGGAGGCUACAGUAACAAACUGGUCAGUCCGUCUGACCAGAUAAACCCAAAGAACAACAUGGUGCCGAGCAAGCCAGGGGCAAGUGCCAUCUCCCACACGGUGAGCACGCCGGAGUUGGCCAACAUGCAGCUGCAGGGCACCCAGAACUACAACACGGCCCAUAUGCUCAAAAACUAUCUCUUCAGGCCGCCACCCCCCUACCCGCGGCCGCGCCCUGCCACCAGCACCCCGGACCUUGCCAGCCACCGCCACAAGUACGUCAGCGGCAGUAGCCCUGACCUGGUGACCCGCAAAGUGCAGCUCUCAGUGAAGACCUUCCAAGAGGACAGCUCGCCGGUGGUGCACCAGUCUCUCCAGGAGGUGAGCGAGCCCCUCACGGCCACUAAGCACCAUGGCACGGUGAAUAAGCGCCACAGCCUGGAGGUGAUGAGCAGCAUGGUGCGGGGCAUGGAAGCCAUGACCUUGAAGUCGCUCAAUAUCCCCAUGGCUCGCCGAAACACGCUCCGGGAGCAGGGACCCCCCGAGGAGGUGUCGGGGAGCCACGAGGCUCACCAGCUCCCCCAUUACCACCACAAGAAGACUUUCUCGGAUGCCACCAUGCUGAUCCACAGCAGUGAGAGCGAGGAGGAGGAGGAGGAGGAGGCCCCGGGAUCGGUGCCCCAGAUCCCCGUGCUCCGGGAGAAGAUGGGCUACAGUGCCCAGCUACAGGCAGCCUUGGCCCGGAUCCCAAACAAACCCCCACCCGAGUACCCUGGCCCAAGGAAAAGUGUUAGCAAUGGGGCGCUGAGGCAAGACCAGGUCAGCCUGCCUCCUGCCAUGGCCAGGGCCAGGGUCCUGAGACACGGGCCGGCCAAGGCCAUCAGCGUCUCCCGAGCUGACCAGCUGGCCGUGGCUGGGCCUUCCCUCGGUCCGUCUAUCUCGGAACCCGACCUGACGAGCGUGAAGGAGCGGGUCAAAAAAGAGCCUGUGAAGGAGAGACCCGUGUCCGAGAUGUUCUCCCUGGAAGACAGCAUUGUAGAGAGAGAGAUGGCCCUCAGGAAUCUAGAGAAGCAGAAGAUGGCAAGCCUGGAGGCACAGAAGCGGCCGCUCAUGUUGGCAGCAUUGAAUGGACUCUCAGUUGCCCGGGUCUCAGGGCGGGAAGACAGUCGAGCUGAUGCCACCCGAGUUCCCAUGGACGAGAGGUUCAGAACCCUGAAGAAAAAGCUAGAAGAGGGAAUGGUGUUCACAGAAUAUGAGCAGAUUCCAAAGAAGAAGGCCAACGGCAUUUUCAGCACGGCCACUCUGCCCGAAAACGCCGAGCGAAGCCGCAUCCGCGAAGUGGUCCCCUAUGAGGAGAACAGAGUGGAGCUGAUCCCGACCAAAGAGAAUAACACAGGUUACAUUAAUGCCUCCCACAUCAAGGUGGUGGUUGGUGGGGCAGAAUGGCACUACAUAGCUACUCAGGGGCCCCUGCCACACACAUGUCACGACUUCUGGCAGAUGGUGUGGGAGCAGGGAGCGAACGUGAUCGCCAUGGUCACUGCAGAAGAGGAAGGCGGAAGAACCAAGAGCCAUCGAUACUGGCCCAAACUGGGUUCCAAGCACAGCUCGGCCACCUACGGCAAGUUCAAGGUCACCACAAAGUUCCGAACAGAUUCUGGUUGCUAUGCAACCACAGGCUUGAAGGUCAAGCAUCUUUUGUCUGGGCAGGAAAGGACAGUGUGGCAUUUGCAGUAUACGGACUGGCCAGAUCACGGCUGCCCAGAGGAUGUCCAAGGAUUUUUAUCCUACUUGGAGGAGAUCCAGUCGGUCCGGCGCCACACCAACAGCAUGCUGGAAGGCACCCGGAGCCUGCACCCCCCGAUAGUUGUCCACUGCAGCGCUGGUGUGGGGCGGACCGGCGUGGUCAUUCUUUCUGAGCUGAUGAUCUACUGCCUGGAGCAUAAUGAAAAGGUGGAAGUGCCCAUGAUGCUGCGGCUCCUCAGGGAGCAAAGGAUGUUCAUGAUCCAGACCAUCGCUCAGUACAAGUUUGUCUACCAAGUCCUCAUCCAGUUCCUCCAAAACUCCAGACUCAUUUAAACCCCCCACCCCAGCUACUGGAAGAGGGACCCAGCUCCAUCUUGCCGAUGGGGAGGCACCUCCAGACAACAUCUGCUCCCCCAGCAGGGCGUGGAUGGCCAGAGCAGGCAGGUCAUGGGCUCCCUGAAGACAGGAGCCAAGAUUAUUCACAAACAUCAUAUAUUAUUUUAUAUGAGAUAAUUUAUUUUUUUUCCCCUUUUGGAUAACUUCUGUGAAUCAUUGUAAUUCAGUUUUCACAAUAAUAUAGUACUUUUCAUUUGAACCGUAUUUUGACUGAUCUGCAUUGUAAAUAUGUCAGUAGGGAAGAUUGCCCGGUGGAUCGUUUGGGGGACAGAGGCAUAAAGGGAACACAUCUCUAGUGAAGUUGCAGCCAGAUUAGUAACCGACCCUGAAAUUCAUCAGCCUGAUCGCUCACGUCCA